AUGAAAAAUUUACCUUUCUAUAAAGUAUGUAAACUCCUAGAUGAACUCGAGGGCUUGAUCUGCAGAUUUCCACCAUUGCUUCCCAAAACUCUGAAGGAGAAGGUGAGUGAUACUUGGAUUCGUUGGUUCAAACUCCAUCGCGAUACCUUGGAUGCUAUGCACAAAGACGACCCUUCGGUUCUCUUUACUCUCAAACCAGAGGUCCUGGAUGAUUGA